AUGAUAAUACGCCUCUCGUGGCCCUUGCUAUUCACUAGAGCGUCGCUGUACGCAGCAGUGCUGCUCGCGACUAUCUUCCUUGUUUUGCUUCCCUGGUCGGUUGUUUCCUUUUGGUAUUUUUACAGCCGCUUAAUUCCAACGCCCAUUUACGAGCAGACAUUCCAGCUAAACUACGAGCUGCGUGAGCGCGGGCCGUACCAGAUAUUCAACGCGGCCGAUUUCUUUGUGCAUCUUGCCGCAGUGAAAAACGACAACCUAUUCAACGACCCGGUGUCGGAAUACGAGUUCUAUCUGUCUUUCGAGACAAAGUGUCUGAGUCCAUCGAAAACCAUUGUUGGAUCCAGGUUUUCGGUUCUCGACGACUCCAUCCUGAACGAGGAGCUCAGACCGUGGGAAUUGAACCUGGAACAGGUGAGUCUGAAGUCCAAGUUUGUCAAUCUGUGGCCAAUAACGGACAACCUCAAAAGAUCGCUGCGGUUUUCUUCUGGUUCCAACAGACCGCACAGCAUCGAGUGGCAGUGGCCACGCUCCCGUUCCCUUUGCAACGAACAAAAACCCAUUGUCGAUUCUCCAUCCGGGCCGUGGAGAUUCUGGAAUAGCCACAAAAAUACACAGACAGACGGAGGAGGAGGCGAAGUGGUUCCUGGUAUGGGCAUCUAUUUUGUCAACACACAGUACUUCACGCUCGAUUGCCAGGAAGACCACUCGUUUUUGCCUUUUCUAAUAGAGAAACAUGUGGCGCCCCCUGAGCUCGCAAACAUACUGCAUUACUCACCAACUUAUAAGCUUCACCUGCUGUCGCUUCAGCCGCCUGCACAAUCGUUUGUAUGGCCAACAUCAACCUACAAUGCCAUCUUGGAAAACUCCAGACACAUGAAAUUUGUGCUGGAGUUCAACCAGAACCAGGCAUAUCUAGACAACCCAAAAUUGCAGGUGGUGAUGAAAUACAACGGCCUCCGGUGGUACCUGGCCCAAUAUCCUGCGCUUUCAUUUAUGAUUGGAGUUUUCAUCUGCUGGACGGUGAGCUCUGUCGUCUGUGUUGCUGUGAGUGCUUUUAUAUUCUCAUACUACAAGAAAAUAGCGCCACCGAUCAAGCAGGACGAAACGAUGACGAACCUAGACUCGCUCCUAAAAGGUGUCGAGCACUGA